GCAUAUAAAUUAUAAAAUUCGCUGCCUUUCCUUGUAGGUGCGGUGUGCCCGUGACCCGCCGUGAAAGGAAUGAGCGGCAGCCACCGUUUUACCACAGCCGGCGAGGGAAAUUAUAAGAGGCAAACUCACCAUCGCUGGGUUCUUCGCUGCUCUCUCGCACGUCUCCCCUCUUCCUAUGUUUUUCGCCGGUGAUCCAGAAAAUUGGAGGAGACGAUGAAAAAUUGGAUGCCAUCCGUCACCGAUUUGAUGUAGCGGCAGGCGAAGCACCGGUCAUCUGCGCUCUUACCAGCGUCGUUGACGAACUUAAUCCCGUAGCAGCACAUGGACAGCGGCACCGUCCCGCCACCAACCACCACGGCCGAGAAGCACGGGGCGAUCUCCUUCCUCCCGUCGUCGCAUGACAUCGCGGCUCCACCCACCGCCAGUCCACGACGCCGGCAAAUUGGAUAUGUUUCAGUGUUGAUUGAAAAACUAAAUUGAGAUCAACCCAAACUGGUCUGAUUUGCAACUGUGCUGCUGUUCCCAGAGUAGUGUUUGUUCUUGGCCGGUUCCUCUUAUAAUUUCCCCAGGCGGCGAUGCUCCCAAUUCCCAUCCUCCCACUCUAUAAAGAUCGAUACGAAAACUAUAUGAAUGAAUUGAAUUUCAGUUCGACUCAAGCUCACAUUCAUUAAAUCUUUCCCUCUCUCUCUCUCUGUCUCUCUCUGAAGGGCCUACUCGAACAUCUGAAAGGCCGAAGAACUCAUGACAGGCCUUGGGUACAAAUCCAGGUAUCCAUUGAACCCGUUCAAAUACAGAUAUUCAAGAACCAAUUCUAGUCAAAGGUGGAGAAAUGACUAGCAAGUUACCAUUGGCAGGGCUCAAGCGCUGGCAAUGGUGGGUUUUAGUGGCACUCAACAUUUUCUUCCUCAUUGCUGGCCAAUCUGCUGCUGUCCUUCUAGGGAGAUUCUAUUAUGAUCAGGGUGGCAAUAGUACAUGGAUGUGCACCCUGGUACAAACUGCUGCUUUCCCCAUUCUUUUCAUCCCAUAUUUUCUUCUGUCUCCUUCCCAUGAGCCUUCUACUACUUUUGCCUCACCUUCUAUUGUCACUCUCACAAUAAUCUAUUUCCUACUUGGAGUGCUUAUAGCUGCUGACAACAUGCUAUAUUCAGUUGGAUUGUUGUACCUCUCUUCUUCUACCUAUUCUCUUGUUUGUGCUACCCAAUUGGCAUUUAAUGCAGUUUUCUCUUUCUUCAUUAAUAAGCAAAAGUUCACUUAUUUAAUUCUUAAUUCCGUGAUGGUUCUCUCGCUGUCUGCUUCUCUAAUCGCUGUAAAUGAUGAUUCUGGUGAACCAUCUGGAGUCUCUAAGUUGAAGUAUGCCAUUGGAUUUAUUUGUACCCUUGGUGCUUCUGCAAUGUACUCUCUUUUGCUUUCCGUCAUGCAGCUUACCUUCCAGAAGGUUCUGAAAAAAGAAACGUUUUCUGCGGUUUUGGAAAUGCAGAUUUAUACAUCAGUUGUUGCCACCUGUGCUUCUGUUGUGGGGCUUUUUGCAAGUGGGGAAUGGAAGACACUGAAUGGAGAAAUGGUGAGUUUUGGUAAGGGAAGUGUUUCUUAUGUGAUGACUUUGGUUUGGACGGCUGUGGCUUGGCAGAUCUGUUCUGUUGGUGUAGUUGGCUUACUUUUUAUUGUUUCUUCUCUCUUCUCAAAUGUUAUAAGUACCGUCGCUUUGGCUCUUGUUCCUAUUGCUUCUCUCGUAGUUUUCCACGACCAAAUGAACGGUGUGAAAGUAAUCGCUAUGCUUCUGGCUCUUUGGGGAUUUGCAUCUUAUAUCUACCAGAAUUACCUCGAUGACUGUAAGGCGAGAAGAACAAUAGUUGAUGCUAUUGAAACCCUUAAUGAUCCAUGAUUAAUUCUCUCUGUGUACCUAUGUUAAUAUUAUUGGAUUGUCACAAUUUCCACAUUAUUUAUAGCUACAAUUAUUUGUAGCUGCUGCAUUUAGCUCUGUAUAAUGUCAUGUUUUUUUUGUAUGAAACAACUCUUGGUUGCCCCAUGAAAAUUCUCCCAUCUAUUGUUCUACCAGAUGAAUGAAGAAAUCUAUUCAAUGAGACAUCAAA